AUGGCCUUCGCACGGCGGAGGAGGAGGUGGCCGUCGGGGAGCGGGGGCGGCGGGAUCCGCCCGCACCGGCCCCGCGGCGGGAUGGGGAGCAGGGGUCGGCGGGAUCCGCCUGCACCGGCCCCAUGGCGAGAUGGGGAGCAGGCCGCGGCGGCGGGAUCCGCCCGCACAGGCGCCACGAAGGAGGAGGAGGUGGCCGUCGGGGAGCAGGGGGUGGCGGGAUCCGCCUGCACCGGCCCCGCCGCCCGCACAGGCGGUGAGAUCCGCCUUCGCACGGCGGAGGAGGAGGUGGCCGUCGGGGUGCAGGGGCGGUGGGAUGGGGUGCAGGCCGCGUGCGGGAUAGGGAGGAAGGGGCGGCGGCGAGCUCCAGGGGAGGGAGCAGAGGAGUACAAAAGAGCUUGUCGUGGGCCUUUCCCAUCCUUCCAAGAGGAGGCAACGCCCAAAACCAAGAACCACCACCAGCUGGUCAACAUGGCGGUGGCUGCCGCAGCCUCCGCCUUCCUCCUCCUGCUGCUGCUCGGGCCCGCCGCCUCCACCUCGGCCACGGCGCCGUACCACCCGCCGACCGUGCCGGAGCUCAUGGACCGGUUCGGCCUCCCCCGCGCGCUCCUCCCGGAGACCGCCCGGCGGUACCUCCUCCACAACGACGGCACCUUCGAGCUCUUCCUCGACGACGGCUGCGUGGUCGAGGCGGGCGGCUACCGCGUCGGCUACGACAUCAAGCUCUCCGGCACCGUGUCCCGCGGGGCGGUCACGGGGCUCGGGGGCGUGCGCGUGCGCGUCCUGUUCGUUUGGGUGCCCAUCACCGGCGUCGAGGUAGCCGGCGGCGAGGUCACCGUCCACAUCGGGCCCAUCACCAAGUCGUUCCCGGUCGUCGGGUUCAAGUCAAGCCCCCGGUGCCUCGCCGGAUUGGCGGCGCCGGCGGUCGAUGCUUCGCUUCCUCUGGUAGAGUAGUCAGCCGGUCGCGAUUUGUUAGGAUUUAGGCGAAGGUUGUGUUCAUGCUACGAUUUAUUUUAAUUUCUCUUUUGUAUCGUAUUUGCACUGGAAAUUUCACUGGUGUCUUUUUGUCUUCUCAACAGAAAUCAAUACUAGUAGUACAUCUCGACUCAAA